UUGGCAAAGAAGUUUGAUCUACUGGAAUCGACGGUCAGAACAAUUAUAAAAGGUAAAGAGAAAAUUCUUGAAGCUGUAAAAAAUGCUCAAUCCUUAAAUUCAAGCAUCAUUCGUAAACGUCACGGUAUUAUCGCUGAGAUGGAAACAAUGUUAAAAUUAUGGUGUGAUAAUCAAGUAAAUGUGAAAAAUUGUCCUGUUGAUCAGAACACUGUGUGCUCUCAAGCUAAGCUGAUUUUUGAAAGAUUGAAAGAGGAUGCUGGAGAGGUGGCUAAAGAUGAAGAGUUUAAAGCUAGUAACGGUUGGUUCAACCGAUUCAAAAGUCGCUGUAAUUGGCAUAGCAUUGCAGGAAGUGGAGAGGCGGCAAGUGCUGAUAAAGAGGCUGCGUCUUACUAUCCAGAGAAAUUCAAAGCUAUGAUAGAUGAAGGUGGCUGUACCAGCCAAACCAUAUUCAACAUAGAUGAGACUGGCCUGUUCUGGAAGAAGAUGCCUAAAAGAACUUUUAUUGCGCAUGAAGAGAGAACCUUUUCAGGUUUUAAGGCCGCCAAAGAUCGAGCUGGUUAUUGUAAGUUAAAACCUCUCUUAGUUUAUCGCUCGGAAAAUCCAAGAGCAUUGAAAAAUAAAUCUAAAGCUGGCUUGCCUGUGAUUUGGAAGUCGAAUCGUAAGGCUUGGGUGACAGCUUUCCUUUUUGAGGACUGGUUUGGUCAUCACUUCAUACCUGAAGUCGAACGUUAUUGCCAAUCUAAACAAAUUUCAUCUAAAGUGAUGCUAAUAAUCGACAACACACCAGGUCAUCCCCCUACAACUUCAACUAAUUUUGACCCACGUGUGAAAGUUGUAUUUUUGCCACCAAAUACAACUAGCUUGCUUCAACCGAUGGAUCAUGGAGUCAUCAAAACAUUCAAAGCUUAUUACACGAGAUGAUUGUUUGUAUACCUGCAUGAAGCUAUGAGACAAAACAACAAGCUUUCUGUUAAAGACUUUUGGAAACAAUUCAAUGUUUUAGUUGCAGUGAGAAUCAUUGGACAAUCUUGGAAUGAAGUUUCACAAAAAACUUUAAAUGGCGUCUGGAAAAAACUGUCCCCUUUUUUUUCACCGCUGAAACUCAGGCGGAAUCAGUGCCAGAGCCUGAUGAAAUUGGUAAUGUGAUUGAAGAAGUUGUCGAUCUUGCCAGGCAAAUAAAUUUAGAAGUGGAUAGUGAUGAUGUUUGAGAACUGCUGGAUUCCCACAGUCAGGAACUGACAAUUGAUGAGCUCAUAGAAAUGUGUGAGCAAGAGCAAGACAUUGAAGAACUUGAUUCUUUAGAUCAAGUUCAAUCAGAAGAUCGAAUGACGGUUGGAAAAUUGACAGAAGGCCUCAGUUUUAUUGAAAAGGGAUUACAAAUUUUAGAAAUUAUAGACUCCACCGAAGAGCGCAUUUCUUCUACAAAACGAGAAAUAAAAAAAUUAUUAGCAUGCUACGAGGAAAUUUUGCGGGAGAAAAAAAAUCUUUGAGCUGUUAGACGAAUUUGUUAGAUUUUAUGAAGCCUUCUACAUCAAAAUAACUUAGGUUUACAA